UGCCAUCCAGCUUGUCGGUUAUGAUGGACCUUUCAGUUGGGACUCACGAUUGUUAAUUUGCCAUUUUCACGCUGCGCCACCAGAGUUCUGGUUCAACCGAUUGGGAGGUGUAUGAUUAGGGAUUGUUGCUUGACUUAAGAUGCCGGUGGUUCCGGAGUGUCGGGACGCGUUGCACAUGGGAGCGUCGAAUCCCUGGUUACUGUUGAUUUCCUGCACAACUCUGGGUUCCUUAGUCCACAGCUGGGGGUGUGAUGAGGCACAUCUUGCACUGUUUGCAACAUACCCGCUGCCAUCCCCAGUCCUAGUUCCUUUUAGUUUUGGACAAGGGUUUUUGUGAUUAGAGUACAUUCACUCGUGGGAGAUCUCUGUUUUCAAGAAAUGUACGCGGUGCUUUUCAAAAAUGUAGCGGUAGCACUGGGGUCGUAUUUUCGAGUACAAAUGUGACGAUCGAGCAUUUGAGUAGUCGAUACGUGUCGAUAGUUCGUGUGAUCUCUUUCAGUUGGGGGCAACAUUGGGAAGCGCAUUCAAAGUUGCUUAAUUCUUCAAAGUUUUUUUUAAAGUUUACAAUGGUGGAGGUUACGCCCAGGUUGAACGUGAGCCAAUGCUGAGAAAGAAAUUUUAGGAAUGCUCCGCGUUGUGCACCAAGCAAGAUUCCUACUUCGCAUGCUUUAUGGAUUUUGGUUUAGAAGCUGCGUCCCUAGUGUUGUGGUGAGUGGAUUGUCGUGUCCAAGUUUCAAAGUUCACACCCAAGUUCCAACUAGAUUCAAUAUCUGCGCAUCCAGAUGAAGAAUCUCUUGCCGAUCACCUUGAUGGAGGCAUUCAGAAGUUUCAGUUCAAGUAGGGGGGCAACUGUGGCGACGAAAUUUCUAAGGGGUAGGCGUUUGAAGACGGACAUGAUUCUAAGAGUGGCAUUGAUAGUAAGUAUUGUGCAAAUAGUCUCCGCUAAACAGUAUGAUGCAGCUUUCCAGGUGAGAUUAUGUGAUCACAACCAAUGCCAUCAAACUCGCGAGAUGGCGCCCAACAUGUGGGGUUUGAUCGUCACACUUCUGAGUUUGACUACCGAUGCUUGGGGGUUCGCCUCUUCUUCGGAGUUCGCGUGGCGGCUGCUACUGGUAUUCGUUGCGGGACCAAUCAUGCCCGUUUGGAGUUUAAUCGAAGUGCUCGGAAAAGCUUUUGUGGGUAUGAGGCUUACGAAGAAGCUUGGUAGAUCUACGAUGACAGUGGCUAAAAGUAAUUCCGCGAACAUCAUUGCACAAUGCGACGUGUUGUUGGGAAUGAGUGAAGACGCUGCCACAAGAUUUCCGGUGAUGCAUACCGAGCAAAAUUACAGCAUCGACGUGUUGCUCACACCUCUGGAGGUCGGUAACCGGCGCGAAAGUGAGGCAUUGGUGCUACUCAACGACCGGGGCAAGGAAGCCCUUCUAAGAGCCAAUGUGCUGCCCAAGUACGAACAGCUACGCUUCCUGCAUGGCUACAGUGGCCUCGCCAUUGCCGUCACAGCAGCGCAAGCACUUGGCUACAUUUUCGGGGUCAUAUCCCGCGCUAGUCAAAGCCUCAACGCAACGCCCAUCGAGAGGAUUUGCAUGGCACUAAGCUUCAUCGUCUUAUUGAAAGCCGGCUUGUACACAAUCGCCAGCAGCUGCCACCACCCACUGCUCCUCCACGUCUCCUCUGACCACGAAGAAGGCGUUCUGGAAGCAUGCAAGGACACCAAAUACAACGAGCAUGACGAAUACAUGGUGGAGAUCCAGACCCUCAUCUGCACGGAGCUGGUGCUCGCCAUUCUCCUCGGCCUUUCCAUUGUGGCGAUCUGGUAUAUCAUCCAGUAUAAUGUCUUCGAUUCCCUACCCAGUUUCUUCUUCGGCAUUGGCAUCUUCCUGCAGAUGAUCAUUGCGCUCCUCAUGUUCGGCAAGUCCAUCCGCAUCCCAAGUCUUCUUCGCACCAAAUUCUGCUCCAUCUUCAUUGUUGCCAUCUGCUCCCUGGUGAACGUUACUGCCUACACACUCGCAGUCAUCGCCACCAUCAAGAAUUGGCACACCAGCGGCUUCAGCUUCAAGAGCUAUCUCUCAGAUUCAUUGCCCCACAUCGGCUAAAACCUCAACAACCCUCUCUCAUCAACUUCAUUGUGAGUGUUCCAGAUCCAUUACUUUUCAAAUCCCUUUUUAUGAUUCGUGAGAUUCCUCACACCCUUUCUCAUCACCUUCAACCUUUAUCCUGGUUUUGCCUUCUACAUGCACAUCCAAGAUGUGUGUACAAAAAUGAUGCAGAUCUGUGUGUUUUAUUAGCACUGUAUGUCUCCCAGGUAGCUCGUCAUCUCAGUUCUAAGAGUUGGGUUAUUCUUGCAGCAUCUGUAGUUUAGAGUAGCGGUAAGUGUGCUUCCUGAACCGAGCAUGGUCUGAAAUUGUAUCUAAUGUCAUAGAAACCGAGUUUAUUUUUAACAUUUUUUUCUCUCUAUUAAAGUCAAUUUCAUGUUGAAGCUUCAGAAGCUCUCUGUGGAAGUGAUCGUUUAGGAUUGUGUUGACGCUGGGAGUGGCAGUUUCGUGUCCUGAUGACAUGGCUUCAGUGCAAGUUUUAUUUUUAUU